AUGGGGCUGGGUCAACUCGCUUCACGAGCCCUAAUCCGAUCAACCCGACUGGCCACCACCAAACCCUCCCGCAUCGCCCUUCGCACCAUCGUCUCCACGCCGGACCUCCACAACGCCGACGCCGCUGCUGCUGCGGCGGCGCAGACGGAACCAGAUCUUUACAAGAGGAACCCGGUGGCCGGCGCCCGGGUCCACUUCCCGAACCCUGAUGACGCCAUCGAGGUGUUCGUUGACGGGUACCCUGUGAAAAUCCCCAAGGGAAUGACCGUGCUGCAGGCUUGCGAGAUUGCUGGCGUGGACAUCCCGCGAUUUUGCUAUCACAGCCGCCUCUCGAUUGCGGGAAACUGCCGUAUGUGCCUAGUUGAGGUCGAGAAAUCGCCCAAGCCGGUAGCCUCGUGCGCAAUGCCUGCAUUACCUGGAAUGAAGAUUAAGACGGAUACACCUAUAGCGAAGAAGGCAAGGGAAGGAGUGAUGGAGUUCCUUUUAAUGAAUCAUCCACUGGACUGCCCAAUUUGUGAUCAGGGUGGUGAGUGUGAUCUUCAAGAUCAAUCUAUGGCUUUUGGUUCUGAUCGAGGUCGUUUUACUGAAACGAAGAGAUCAGUGGUUGACAAGAACCUUGGGCCCUUGGUCAAAACCGUGAUGACUCGAUGCAUUCAGUGUACAAGGUGUGUAAGGUUUGCAACAGAAGUAGCUGGUGUUCAGGAUCUUGGAAUGUUGGGUCGUGGAAGUGGCGAGGAAAUUGGAACUUAUGUUGAACGGCUCAUGACAAGUGAAUUGUCUGGCAACGUGAUAGAUAUUUGUCCAGUCGGAGCCUUGACCUCAAAACCUUUUGCCUUUAAAGCCCGUAACUGGGAGCUGAAAGGAACUGAGAGCAUUGAUGUGACCGAUGCUGUUGGUUCUAAUAUUCGCAUUGAUAGUAGAGGCCCUGAGGUUAUGCGGGUUGUUCCUCGAUUGAAUGAGGACAUCAAUGAGGAGUGGAUAUCAGACAAGACACGAUUCUUCUAUGAUGGUCUGAAGAGGCAGAGGCUAAAUGACCCGAUGAUUCGCGGUGCAGAUGGACGCUUUAAGACUGUAAGCUGGCGGGAUGCCCUUGCUGUUGUGGCAGAGGUCAUCCACCAAGUUAGACCGGAAGAAAUUGUUGGUAUUGCUGGAAAACUAUCUGAUGCAGAAUCUAUGAUGGCUCUAAAGGAUUUCUUGAACAGGGUGGGAUCAAAUAACAUCUGGUGUGAAGGAAAUGGUCCGAACCCUAAUGCUGACCUGCGUUCUGGAUAUAUAAUGAAUACUAGCAUCAGUGGUUUGGAGAAAGCUGAUGUUUUCCUUCUUGUUGGUACACAGCCAAGAGUAGAAGCUGCUAUGGUGAAUGCCAGGAUCCGCAAAACCGUCCGGGCCACCAAUGCCAAGGUCGGUUACGUGGGCCCCCCAGCCGACUUCAAUUACGACCACGAUCACCUCGGCACGGGACCCGGCACGCUCUCUGAGCUCGCCGAGGGUCGCCAUCCCUUCAGCUCCAUCCUCUCGACCGCAAAAAACCCCGCCAUAAUCGUUGGCGCCGGCAUUUUCGAGCGCAAGGACAAGGAUGCCAUCUUCUCCACCAUCGAGAAAAUCGCCCGAAACUCAAAUGCCGUCCGGCCAGACUGGAACGGGCUCAACACCCUCCUCCUCAACGCUGCCCAGGCUGCCGCCCUCGACCUCGGGCUUGUGCCGGAAUCAGGCAGCAGCAUCGAGGCCGCCAAGUUCCUCUACCUCAUGGGGGCCGAUGAUGUCGACUUGGAAAAACUGCCGGACGAUGCAUUCGUGGUCUACCAAGGCCACCACGGGGACCGAGGUGUGUACCGGGCAAACGUGAUCCUGCCGGCCUCGGCCUUCAGCGAGAAGGAGGGCAUUUACGUAAAUACGGAGGGCUGCGUUCAGACGACAGUGCCUGCCGUGCCCACUGUUGGGGAUGCGAGGGACGACUGGAAAAUUGUUAGGGCGCUGGCUGAGGUGGCGGGGAUUGAGAUGCCUUACGACACUCUUAAUGAGGUUCGGUUCCGGAUGAGGAGUGUGGCGCCGAAUCUUGUGCAGUUUGACGAGAGGGAGCCGGCUGUGUUCUCGAGCUCGGCCCUGAGGCCCGAGGUGAAGGAGAAGAUGGAUAAGGCGCCGUUUGGUGUUGCUGUCGAUAAUUUCUACAUGACUGACUCGAUUACGCGAGCGUCGAAGAUCAUGGCCCAGUGCAGCGCAUUAUUAAAGAAGUGA